AUGCUAGCUAUCUGUUCGCUGUUUUCAACAACACUUAUAACACCGGCAGAAAUUCCGAAACAUUUUAUACCACCGGAUGAUAUCUUUAAGAAACGUAAUUUUGUGAAAGAAAUUGCAAGAUGGGCUACUGAAAAACAAUUACCAGUACGUUAUGUUACGAUGUCAACAGAAGGUGGAGAUAUUAAAUGUCCACCAUUUUGCUUAUAUUGUAAAGUGAUCAAACCAAAUAGGACACAUCACUGUCGCAGAUGUAAUCGUUGUAUAAUUCGUAUGGAUCAUCACUGUCCAAUAAUUGGUCAUUGCAUUCAUAUGCAUAAUCAUAAAUUCUUUCUACUCUUCCUUUUUUGGUCAGUAAUACUUUGUGUUUAUGCUAUUUGCAUCACUAUGCCAGCAUUAUCUCAACGAACAACAACUGUUAUUUGGAGUUUUACAGAAAUGUUAAAUGCAUUAAUGCCAGGAUAUGUACGACAAAUUCCGCCAUCUAUCGAUGGACUUUUUGCAACAUGUUUAGUUGCUUCUGGUAUACUCAAUGCUUUGAUAUGUGGUAUUUCGCUUAGUAUAUUUUUGGGUCAAUUAAUAUAUUCAUUAUUACGUAAUGAAACAACACUGGAAAGUGUAGGAUUUCAAUAUUGUGAUGCAAAUAGUGAUCAUUAUCACCAUCAAAUUGAUAAUAUCUCCUAUGAUUUGGGCUCUGCUUGGCAUAAUUUUUGCUCUAUUUUUGGCUAUAAUCCAUUUUUAUGGCUUUUGCCAAUACAUACAACAUAUGAUAAUCCUUACUUUAAUGAAAGUAAUUUGAAAGUAAUGUAUAGAAAGAAAGCAAACAAAUGA